AUGGCGAGCUCACUUUCUACACAGCCUGUUGCGAAGAAGAGAGGAACUCCAAGCAUGCAUGAACACGACACAAUCGUCAAAGUAGUGGUUUCAGUCAUUGGCCGGGAGACUGUCCGCAAGGUCUUCAACAUUCACAGAAGCUUUCUCUGUCACUAUUCGUCAUACUUCGCAAAACACUUCAAUUCCUCUGAUGUCGACGAUCACAACCUCAGACUCCUUCCUCGUGUAGUCAAGAUUUUCUCCAGCUUGGUGAAUUGGCUAUACUAUCAGAGAAUCGAAAAUGAAGAUGGAGGUGAUCUGCACACUGGGGAGCUGCUACACCUCUGGAAACUUGCCUGCCAAUUUCAAGUGGUGUUACUAGAGAACAUGGUCAUUGAUAAAAUUCACGAGCGACUGCUUUUGGAUGACUGGGCAGAGCGCGAAGUCUACUGGGCCACAGCGGAGCUCGCAUCAGAACGACCAUCCGCAAAGAAGAUGUUCAUUGAUGCCAUGAUAGCCACGAAAGAUGGGGCAAAGUUCGAUACUUGCAUCAAUUCAGAUUCUUUGCGUUCACUCCAGGGAGAUAUUGCGCAGGCGUUAAAGAAGAGCCAGCUUGAUGGAUUGCCCCCGUCUCUUGGAAAAGCUUCUGAUUACUACUUUUCCGCUUCGGCCGAGACAAAGUGA